AUGAUGAUUGAAGAAUUUAAAAGAAAGAUGAAAGAAGAUUUUGAGAUGACAGAUUUAGGAUUGAUGAGAUAUUUUCUGGGACUACAAGUAAAACAAACUGAAGAAGAAAUAUUCAUCAAUCAAGAGAAAUACUGCGAUGAUCUUCUGAAGAGGUUCAACAUGAAGAAUCGCAAUCCAGUAGCUACACUAGCAUUGCUAAACGAAAAGCUAUCAACGAACGAUGGAGCGCCAAAGGUGGAUGCCUCAAGUUACAGAAGCCUAGUCGGAUCACUAAUCUACCUCACAAACACUAGGCCGGACAUAUUGUAUGUUGUAAGCAUUGUGUCCAGAUUCAUGAGCAAUCCAAGUAAGCUACACUAUGGAGCAGCGAAGCGGAUUCUUCGAUAUCUUCAAGGAAAAAAGAGUAUGGGAAUAAAAUACACAACAGAAGAAGACAAUGCAUUAUCUGACUACACUGAUGUUUGGUUCGAAAGUUGCUAUUUUUAUUGCUAG